ACAUUGGGUUAUGAUUAGAGAGAUACCGACAGUCCAGGCAAGCCGGUUCUUAUUCCUCGUUUCCUUAUUACGAGCUUGUGGAAACAAAAUCAUGAAAAUAGAUCUGGCAGAAAGAAUAUCGGGGCCAAUAGCAUAAAGUAAUCAAAGCAGUCUCACGCGAUCAUGGGUUCACAAAGUCACAGUUUGUGUCUUCUCGCGAUCAUCAUCGCCGUCGUUGUGCCUCCAUCCCAACUGGUCAGCACCGAUGAUGUCGAUGGAAGUGGUGAUCGUUGGGAUACCCGUCUGGAUGAAGCUUUGGUGUUCUUGGACGAGUAUAAUUCGACAGCGGAGAUUGUGUUUUUCGAGUCCAACUCGGCAAAAUGGGAUUUCGUGACCAACCUUACCGAUUUUAAUCAAGAGAAAAGUGUUCAAGCCAGUCUGAAAGAGUCCGUUUUUCGUAAGAACUCUGCGAUGAGGGCUCGCGAGUUCGAUGAUGUCAAGGAUAGUUUUCCCGAGGACGUUCAGCGUCUACUUGGUUUUAUAGCCGACAUCGGCGUAUCUGCACUCGACAACGACACCGUAAAUGAGUACAAUGAGAUCAUGGCUGAGAUGAAAAGGAUAUACAGCUCUACCCCAAUAUGUCGGCCUGAUGACCCAUCAGAGUGUCUCAAACUUGAACCGGAUCUCACGGAGAUUUUGGCGACCUCAACGGACUGGGAUGAACUAAUGUGGGCUUGGCAGGAGUUCCGUAACAUAAUAGGGAAAGCUAACAAACCAUAUUACGUCAGAUACGUGGAUAUAGCUAAUCAAGGAGCAAGAGCGAAUGGUUAUGAUGACCUUGGUGAUUACUGGAGGUCUGAUUAUGGCGACGACCUCGAGACACAAGUUUAUGAACUCUACAAUGCUAUUCUACCACUUUAUAAACAGCUUCAUGCCUAUGUGAGACGAAAGCUGAAUGGAAUAUACGGAUCUGAACACGUCUCCCUCACUGGCCUCCUCCCGGCGAAUGUACUAGGGGACAUGUGGGGACGUUUCUGGAAUAUCUAUCCACACGUGGUGCCGUACCCUGAUCUUCCUGAUAUCGACGUAUCUGAUGAAAUGGUUAGACAGAAUUAUACGGUGGACAGGCUGUUCCGUAUGGCAGAUGAUUUCUUCAGCUCCAUGGGUCUAAUUCCAGCCAACGAUGCAUUCUGGGAGAAUUCAAUGUUCGAGAGACCCGAUGAUGGAAGGAGAGUGCUAUGCCACCCCCAGGCAUGGGACUUCCUCAACAGAGAAGACUUUAGGAUCAAGAUGUGCACGGAAGUGAACAUGGACUACUUUAUGACAGUUCACCACGAAUUAGGUCACAUCCAGUAUGCUAUGAAUUACAAACACCAACCGGUAUCCUUCCGCCGGGGAGCUAACGGUGCGUUCCACGAGGCCAUUGGGGAAGUGAUAGCACAAUCGGUAGCCACGCCCAAACAUUUGAAAGUGGUGGGAUUGUUUGACGGGGAUGACGACCCGAUGAAUGUAACAAACACAGAUAUAAACUUCUUGUUGAAGAUGGCAUUACAAACAAUUGGAACCCUUCCAUUCAGCUUAGCUUUGGAGCAAUGGAGAUGGGAUGUAUUCAGCGGGAAAACAAACGUCAGUGAGGGAACAGCAAGAUGGUGGCAACUUAAGAAUGAUCUGAUCGGGGUCAAAGCUCCCGUUGAAAGAACUGACGACGAUUUCGAUGCCGGUGCCAUGCUUCAUAUCAUUAUAUCGUAUCCAUUUAUUGGAUACUAUAUCCGGACUAUCAUUCAGUUCCAGUUUUACCAGUCUCUUUGCCAGUUAGCAGGACACACGGGACCACUCCAUAAAUGCGACUUCUAUCAAUCUACUGAAGCUGGCGACAAAUUGGCAGCAAUGUUAUCACUGGGCAAAAGCCGCCCAUGGCCUGAAGCGAUGGAGGCCCUCACCGGUCAGAGAGAGAUGAAAGCAGACGCCAUCUUGGAAUACUUUCGACCCCUGAUGGAAUGGCUGGAGAAAACUAACGAAGAGAACGGAGAUGUGAUUGGAUGGUCAGGCACAUCAGAAAUUUCUUCAGGUUCUGCACCGCUGGGAGUUGGUAGCAUGUUGAUGGUCUGCUUCUUCGCCUUCAUUUCAAAAAGUAUAUAAAUGGCCUAAUCAUCUCUACAGUAUGUCUUUGAAUGAGAAAUAACGCGUCGAUUUGCAUCUUAAAAAAAGGGAUUCAGGAUAAAUUCUUUAUGAAAAUAAAAGGUUUAGGGUGCACUUUGACUUCUCGCUUGUCUAUGGGCGAUUCCAUGCGAUAAAUCAGCCAUUUUCACAACAUUUCAGCUUUUCAACAUUGAAUUUCAACAAAUCAGCCAUUUGCACAACUUGCUGUCUGAACAAACGAGUAACUUCAACUGAAUUUGUGGUAAUAAAGUAUUGUACUGCGUAGUCUUGUGAAAAAUGACAAACAUCAUAUUAAUGUUAAUUGUCCAUGGGUGAAUUACAGGUUAAAAUGUUGCGUGUCGUUUCGGACACCUCUGCGUCAUGUUCGACACGAAACAUUUUAACCUCUAGGUCUAAUUCAUCCUUGUACAACAUAAUUUUGUUUGUGGUCAUUUUUAUCUCGAGGCAACACACUAGAACUUAUUAUUACCACAAAAACAGAUGGAAGUUCCCCGUUCGUUUGGAAAGUAAGUUAUAAAAUUUUGUGAAACUAGCAUGGAAUCGCCCCUAUGUGUUUCUUAGAUAGUCCAAAGUCAACUCUUUUGUAAAUGCCUUACACGUUCACGUGGAAUUUUUACGAGAAUGAUUGUUUGUAAAUAUCACUUGCACGGUAUGAUUUUUUUUUUAAUCUCUUUCGUUUGCGCUUUAUAGAUAGAUAGAUAGACCAAUUCCAACUCAUAGCAAUUAAAUUCAUACUUUCUGUCGCACGAAACAGAUUGAUAUUCAACUGUCUACUUCUAAAUGAUUGUAAAACGUAUGAUUGGCUCGAUUUAAAGUUGGCUUGCACCUGGUAUCAGCGUAUACUAUAUAAAUACUUGUUGGCCAUAAACAAGCUCUUGAUUCAAGUCACAUAUUGACGUACUUGACGAGCUUAGGGCUUUACGGUUUCACGGAUGUAGCAUGACUGAAUUGAAAAUUAUCAUUCUGACCCGCAGGGAAGUAUACUUGGUCCUUUGCUUUUUAAGAUUCAAGUUGAUUAUUUUGUUUAUUCUUAUUAAACAUUAAAUUUGUACUCUAUGUAAAUGGUAUUAUAAAAUGUUGUCGCUUUGUUUGAAUUGGCUAAUAAUACAGUUUGUUGCAGACUGGGUGAAAGCAGAUAAGUUGAAGAUUAAUAUGAAUACAAUCGAAUACAUAUUCGUGUAUUAAUUUUGGAAUACCAUCUGUCUCUAAAUUAACCAUUACAAUAGAUAAUACUGAAACUGAAAACGAUCACAGCAUAAGCAUUUCAGAUGUAAUGAUCGACGGAAGACUAAAUUGGACAAAUAUGUCAACAUUAUUCAUGAGCAAUAAUCGCCUACUGUAGGCAUUGUGCGCAAAAUUAUGAUCAUUUUAUGCCAUUAAAAAUGCUAGGCAGUGCCUUAUCUUGCCGAAUCCAAAAUAUAUUGUGGAAUGGCAUCUAUAUUUAUUGUGUCACAAUGUAAUUCAUGUUUUAAAUUUGCUUUGUAAAAUUCAGAUUUUUUAUUAAGCGGUAAGAAGAGGAAACAUUUAUGGUAUAUUGCAAAGUUUAUAUAAAACUAUUACAUGUGAUGGCGGUAGUACCAGAUUAAUGAAUUUCAUAAUUUUAAAUAUAAAAAUAUAA